CCCGGAGUUCACCCCGACCAGGUGGUGGCGGGCGCCUUUUGGGGGGUGUGCGGCCGUGCAAUUGGUGGAUUUUUUCGCACCGAUUUGGAGAGGGGGGUGGGUGCGGCGAGCUCGCUUCUGCUACUCGGGCUCGGCGCUCGCCUCCCGCGCACCCGACGCCACAGCCCGAGCGGGGCCGCGCCGCGCCGCGAUGAAGGUGCUGGGACACCGACUGGAACUGCUGGCAGGGCUCCUGCUGCACGACGUGACCAUGGCCGGGCUGCAAGAGCUGCGCUUCCCGGAGGAGAAGCCACUGCUGCGGAGCCAGGACGCCGCCGAGCUGGAGAAUUCCGACAGCUUCCUCCUGGCGGUGGACACGGACUGGAAGGAACAUGACAUCGAGACACCUUACGGCCUCCUGCACGUAGUGAUCCGGGGCUCUCCCAAGGGGAACCGCCCGGCCAUCCUCACCUACCAUGAUGUAGGCCUCAACCACAAGCUCUGCUUCAACACCUUCUUCAACUUUGAGGACAUGCAGGAAAUCACCAAGCAUUUCGUGGUGUGCCACGUGGACGCCCCUGGGCAGCAGGUGGGGGCGUCGCAAUUUCCUCAAGGGUACCAGUUUCCAUCCAUGGAGCAGCUGGCAGCCAUGCUGCCCAGUGUUGUACAGCACUUCGGGUUCAAGUACGUGAUCGGCAUCGGAGUAGGAGCUGGAGCCUAUGUGCUGGCCAAGUUUGCACUCAUCUUCCCAGACCUGGUGGAGGGGCUGGUGCUGCUGAACAUCGAUCCCAACGGCAAAGGCUGGAUUGACUGGGCCGCCACGAAGCUCUCUGGCCUGACCAGCACUUUACCAGACACUGUGCUGUCCCACCUCUUCAGUCAGGAGGAGCUGGUGAACAGCACAGAGCUGGUACAGAGCUACCGCCAGCAGAUUGGGAACGUGGUGAACCAGGCCAACCUGCAGCUCUUCUGGAACAUGUACAACAGCCGCAGAGACCUGGACAUUAACCGGCCUGGGACGGUGCCCAAUGCCAAGACACUGCGCUGCCCUGUGAUGCUGGUGGUCGGGGACAAUGCGCCCGCUGAGGAUGGGGUGGUCGAAUGUAACUCUAAGCUGGACCCAACCACCACCACCUUCCUAAAGAUGGCAGAUUCCGGAGGGCUUCCCCAGGUCACACAGCCCGGAAAGCUGACCGAGGCCUUCAAAUACUUCCUUCAAGGCAUGGGCUACAUUGCGUACUUGAAGGACCGAAGGCUGAGCGGAGGAGCAGUGCCCUCAGCCAGCAUGACGCGUCUCGCCCGCUCUCGUACAGCGUCCCUCACCAGUGCCAGCUCGGUGGAUGGCAGCCGCCCACAGGCCUGCACCCACUCAGACAGCAGCGAGGGGCUGGGUCAGGUCAACCACACCAUGGAGGUGUCAUGUUGAAGCCCAUGGUCCUGCUGAGGUCCCCCAUCUGCCCACCCACCCGCAUCGAGGUCCCACUGCCAUCCCUAUGCCGGCUCAUUUUCCCUUUAGUUUGUUUUGGGUAGGGCACGGGGUGGGAAACUGGGCUGCUUCUCUUCUGUAUAAAAACCGCAGGGGGGUCCAGUCCCUAGGCUGCAGCGGGAUGGCCCCUGAGGCUCUGGUGGGCUCCCUCCCUCUCUCCUCCGGCUGAUCAACCUGUCCACUUGGCUGACUUGGAGGAGCCUCUCAUCCAAUCCCGUACAGCCGUGGCCAGGGCAGGGCAGGGCAGUGGGGAGAUCAGAGAUUCACUAAGGCAAAAGUCACAAACAAGGGACAACACCUUGGGCAGGCAAGUUUGAGAUGAGGGCGUGCUGGGCAUGGAUGUGGCAUGGAAGCCAGGGGACAGUGGUGGGAGCAUUAGGAGGUGAGCAACCCCAGAUCCCCUAAAGGCUGGGCGUCGCCUCCAACCAAGCACACCUGUUUCUGUCUUGUAGUACAGGCAACAGUCAUCCUAACAAUAGCCACAAGGGGGCACUGUAACCAGGCAGCCUUUCUCCUGGUGCUUUCUGGGCUGGGCUGGUGCUGUAGGGCCAAGGAGGCAAAGCCCAAGAAAGGCCAACAUGGAGACCCCUGACAACAGGCAUCACAUCCCAUCCCCUCCAGCCCACACUGAGCCCAGUUCAGAGCCAAGGCCCCCCCUGACCCUGUUUCAUGUGACCUGACCAGGGUGGGGCUGAGGAACCCUGUGUGCUGAAUGUCUGCUGGGAGCCAGCAGGUGGCAGGCGGCAGGGCAGCUGGGUUCCUAUAGGCUUCCUUCUUGUCAUCCAGGCUUCCCAGAGGACAGUUCAUUUGGCAGCCGCGAUGAUGCCAGGCUGAGCUCUGGUAAAGACACACCAGGAUUUCCUGUUGGUGUCACCAAGAAAGAGAGUGUUUGGGCAGAACAGGUGUGAGGCAGCCAGACCCCCUCAGCCUCUUGCCAACAAUGCCUGAAGGACCAGGCUUAGGCAGGGGCUUGCGGGGUCCUGAGCAGUGGGAGGGAGGGGACGACUGUUAAAGUCCAAGUAAAGGAAGACGGUCCCCCGCCCUGCCGCACACCAGCCCCAUCCUGCCACCUAAGCCACUGGUCUCAGACCCCAAGAGAGAGAAAGAGGUGGGACAGCACACUGGAAAACCACAGGGCUGUGGCAGGCAGGUGUGCUGCGGCUGAGGGGCCUCCCCCUCCGGCACUGCGUCCUGCCCAGGCAUCCCUUCCUUCUCC